AAAAGGAGAGACUGAGAGAGAUGGAGAGAUUGGAUGAAUUGGAGCGGGAAAGAGAUGCUCAGAUUGAGGCUGAACGUGCGAAGAAACAACAAGAGGAGGAUGAGAAGGAGAAUAUGCAGCAGCAACAGCCGCAGCAGAUUCCAUCGACACCAGCUCCCAAAACUCAGGUGUCUACCGCCCCGGUGACUUCUCCUCGCAACCACAGCUUCAACAUCCCUAGCUUCAAGCACAGUGUGAAGCUGUCUUUCGGUGCGCGACUUGCAUCAUUGAUUAGCGUAUCUCUGACACAGAUCCAGAUAAGACUCUACAAUUCUACAAAAAUACGACGACCGCUGGCCGGUCUUCGAAGACUUUGGACGGCGGCAAAUCGCAGCAUAGCAGUACGAGGCGCGAGUCUUGGGAAGAUGAAGAGUUUGAACGGGAUGGUGAGUUGCCUGUUUCCUUUCGGUCCUUUGGCUGACUGGGUGUCAGUGAAAUCUUCGCUUCCCGUCGUCCGACACGCGUUGCACAAUGAACGAGUUGCGGAAGACAACCGAAUGGAUCGGAUGGCUAUUUGGAUGCGCAACGUCGAGCGUGUAGUCGAAGAUACGCGCCAGAACUUCGCCUCGUCCUCGACCGAAGUGACGCCUCUGCCUCCGCUGCCGCUUCCGGUCUCCCCCAUUUCCCGCGCCAUACCGAGAGUCCAGACCAGCCGCUCGUCUCGCUUGCCUCGUAAGAUUCUGGCCGCAAGUCAGAUCUUUUCGGACGCGGACUCGAGCAUGAAUAUGUCGUCUAUGGAUGUUGCGGCGAAUACUUCUGCUGGUGCUGGAUUCAGCGAAGGAACGAGCCAGAUCAUGGCUCAGUUGCGUACUCCUGUGCGUCCGCGGAGAGCGACUGUCAGCACUGGGUCGCCUGGAGAUGGAGCUGACCAGUUGGAGACUGGAUCUCCAUCGAAGCGCAAAGAGAAGAGCAGAUCUCACGCGGACCUGAUAGACCGACGGAUUUCGCCGUUGGAGCAACUGGAGAAGGAGAUUGCUAAACCGAUCGUCUCGGCUCCUUCACCGCGACUGGCAGAUGUUCUGGACCGGAGUUUGAUCAUUGCGUCGCCAGUAUCCAAGCGCUCUGACGACCGCAGCCGAUCAUUCGACGAGCUCAACUCUUCACCAUAUCACGUUGAACCAUACAAGGUGCAAUCUCCUGCGGAAAUUCCCGACUCUCCCAGCGUGCGGCGUAUGGAAGGUGUCUAUGAUCGGUUCCUGAUGGCCACCACCGGUGUGAAGCGUGUCGGAAAGGGCUACCAAUCAGAUAACGCCGGACCUGUUUCGUAUACCGUCGGCGGGGCAGGCAAGGAGAACCAGCGACCUGUCCCCCAGAGGCAGUACCGGACGUUCAACUCGGCGCGUCGGGCGAUGCAGCCACCGGUGUCGAGCGAGGACUACAAGCGCCAGAGUGCGUCGGUCGACGAGUUGGGGAUGAUGACGUACCCUGCGGCACCCUGCACCCCGAAGGAGCAUGGCACCAACACCAACACCAUCACGCUUGUUCGCCGAGCGUUCAAGGCAUUCGUCCCUGGCUCCAAGCGCAUUUCGAGGGUCGGCAACUAGGCUCUCAUGUGCGUCUAUUUAUCCCCCCCACCGGUACAUCCCACAUUCUUUCGAACAUUUAUUUCGACUUUCUGCCGCUGUGUUAUCAUUAUCGUCUCUUGUCAAUGUUCUUUGCUUUGCUCACGCUAUGCUACGACCUGCUACUACGUACUUACGCAUUACCUCACGCAUCUGCUCAUGCUAUCUAUUCCUCACCUCACGCUUACGCUUACGCUGUCGAUGAUUCUUCUGCUUACUCUUCAUUUGUAUACGUCCAUCUACAACGUCUUCUUAUGUUUACUGUAUCACUCAGAAUGCUCAAAGUGAUUCCAAGCAGAAUCUGCUGAAUAUGUAUCGUGGAGCGUGGUGAAAGCACACUCCCGCUGGACCUAUUUUGGACAAGGUAUUCCAGCACAUCCGUCACGUGCCAGUGCUCUUGUUCCCAAUCCAGAACAAUGCCCCUAGGCGCAGAAGAAUGCUUAAAGGAGCCCUGCCCCAAAUGUGCCCGGCAUUUACGCCACAAAGCGCCUUUAACUAACUUCUCUGUCGACGAUCCUCCGCAUGGAUUCCCUAAUGACACCUGCCCACUCCCAACGACUCAAGUUCCUGCGAUCCAUCCGGAAGCUCGGAGACUUGAUCACAGACUCCUCGACGUUAUUGGAGGGACCACUGUCGUAUGGACCAUCCCUCGUUCAGCAUUGCUCUUUUCAUUGACGCGUCGUUCAGUCCGACAUCUCCGAUAUUGGGACCCGCACAAGGUUCCUCCCGCGCCUUCCUGUCGCUGCGCCUGUCGUCAAAAGAGCGCGCCCUCCGACUCUCACCGUCGGCGGAAUACCCCGCAAUCUCAAUCUCACCCUCAUUCAACGUCAGCCUGCCGCCGAGCCCGAGCGACUGGGAAUCCGACACGGACGCGGUGGCGUGCGACCCGAUCCAGAAGCUGGCCAAGGUGCAGCGCACGCUGGGGAGCAACGUCCCGCCUUCGCUUGUGCUGGACUCCGUGCUUGGGAGUGGCGGGAAGCGCAGCCGCAACCGCAGCCGCAACCGCUCGAGCACCGUCAGUGCGGCGUCCGAGUGCACGGCCGCGUCGGGCGUUGUCGCGCGGCGGAGGCGACAGCCGCACGCGCGCACUGGAUCGCGCGCGGCCCUCCGCCACGCGUCCUCUUCCUCUUCAGUGCAUAGUGCGGCCGUCCCGGGGGACGUGGGCCAAGAGUCGGAGGAGCCGUUCUCGUUCGAGCGGCUGAUGCCCGUCCCGUCUGGCACCGGUUCCACGCAGGCAGUGGGGUCUGACGACCGGGACUCGGACGACAUGAGGAGCGGGAUGUACAGGAAGGAGGUGGGAUGGAGUGGAGAAUGGAGCGGGGACGUUAGGUGCUUGGAGGAUGUUGUGAAGGGGUUGCGCGAACUGAGGUCGAGCUGAGGUGCCUUCUUAUCCGCCUGGCGCGCGUAUGUAUCAUUUCUCGGAACAAUGUGUAGCGAUAUCGGCCACCCACACUCUAUCUUACUUUACCAUUCUGUAGUACUUAUGUGCAUGUAUCGAUAAUCAUUCGCCGUUGGCAUCAUCGAUUUCAGAGUUGGCGCAUCGAACGUACUGAGGUCACAGGUGUUCUGGCCGACGGAUCAAUGAUGACGCGCACACUGUCUCUCUCUUCGCCAUGACGUCGACCACCACCAGGCGCACUUUUCUCGUCACUGGCGCGAACCAAGG